AUAAUGUCACUGACCAAGAACAAGAUAAUGUCACUGACUCUGAAUAUGAAGAAAGUACAGAAAAAACUUUCAAGCGAGGUAGAAAAAGUGGGAUGGAGUUGCCGGUGUAUGAACCAAUAGAAAAUUAUAAAGAGACUCAUAAAGGUUAUGCUACACUGCCGCAUAAAAUGCAGCAAAGUACUAUUAGUCCGCUUGCAUUAUUUCAUUUAUUUUUUACUGACUAUUAUUUACAAACAAUUGUAAAUAAUACUAAUAAUUAUGAAAAAUUAAAACGAGCAAAUAGUUUAAAAAAAGGUCAUGUUUGGACUUUAUUAACUUUAAAGGAGUUAAAGAUUUGGAUUGCGAUAGUCAUUUAUAUGGGAAUUUACAAAAUUCAUGGUAUUGUAGAUUUGUGGAAUUCAGAUGAACAAAGAGCUAUUCAUAACAUUAGUCAAUUUAUAUCAAUAUAUCGAUUUCAGCAAAUUAAACGGUUUCUUCACAUAUCUAAUCCAUAUAAGCCUUCUUUAUACUGGUACUCUAAAAUUGAACUAUUAGCAUUGCAACUUUGA